AUGGCUUCUUCGUUGAAUGUCUAUCGUGGCGUUGGAGAAGGCUCUAGAACUCCGUUUGACAUUGAAAAACUCAAAGAAAUUGGUUGGACUGUAAAGCGAAAAGACAUAGUAAGCAAAGGCAAAGUGAAAGUUUUAUUUUCUUAUGUUUCACCGGCUGGAAAAACGCUAAAGUCGAGCAGCCACGUGGUCGAAGUUCUGAAACGUGAAGGACUUUAUCAUCAGGUAGCGAUCGAUCCAGAGCAAGAUCUUGCUCAUGAUAGCCAUGUCAGUGACGAAUCGGACGAAGACUAUCAGCCUGCAUCGAAAGAAUUAAUUACUGACGAGGAUACAGACUGCGAAUACGAGCCCCCAUCCAAAGCUGCGAAACGACCAGCAAAUAAUAACACAUCUGAAAUAAAAGUAAAAGAGGGUUUGUUUGUGGCUACAGCUUCAAGUGUGGUUGAGCUCGUUGACCAGUUUAAUCUAUUUUUUGUCAUUGACGAAUACAUAGCGCUCCUAGAAAAGAAGGCAAAGAAAGAGAUUGCGGAGUGUAUCAUGUUCCAACCAGACGAUCCGAUCAAGUUUUCUAGUGGGCAUGUGGGGAGGGCGCAUGGGAAGAAGUUGUCAGACUUUCAAUCUAAGUCCACUGUUACGAAAGCAUUUAUUGACAAAUACAAAAAGACAUUCCCUGCUAUAGAAUCGGUGGAAUGUAUUUGUAAAGGCAAAAAGCAUAGGUUUGUCGCUACCAAGAACCAACCUGCAUGUGGGUGCAUAGGCCCAGGGUUUAUACAGAGUGCCAAGCGUAACCAUUAUUGCGCUCUUGUGCAUGCUGGUACUAGUCCUGAGAAAUAUAGGGAGACCAUGCUUGCACUUGGCAAAUACCACUGCAGGGACAUACAUGAGUGGGAGGGGGGUUCGUGUUUGUUCCAUCCAGUUGUUAAAUGUAAUUGUAAAAAGUGUGAUGUAGAUGAACAUGKUUUUUUUCCAGACAUGAAAUGCUCUGGUGAAAAAUAUCACUCUGCUCAUGUGCUGAAGUGUGACUUCCAUGCACUCUUAUAUGAGAUAGAGUGUACUGAAAGAGCAAACAAGGCAGAGUCUGUUAUAUAUCCUGAAAUGGGGAAGGGGCAUUCCAACUUACCAGAGGCUACUUUUAAUGUUCUGACUAAGUUCAGGGCCAAAGAUACUAACCUCCAUCAAAAGCAUUAUCAAGCGUCAACAAACGUUGGCCUCAUCCAGUCCUGUAUGACCUGGUGCUACAAAMAUAGGGGUGCACAGUACCACUGGAUAAUAGACCUUUAUGGUAGGAUGGGUCUUCCAAUUCUCGAUGGAAUUCAGCAAAUGUGUAAAGAAGACAAUAUAGACAGGAUGAAGAGACUGGAAAAGAAGAAAACAAUGGAAGGGAGAAAAAAGAGAGUACAGUCAAAGGUGAACAGAACAGAAGAACAAAAAUUAAGGAGAAGGUAUUCAAAACAGCUACAGAUAAAACACUUCUAUGGUGAUGAUGACRAUGACGAUGAGCUGGACAACGAUGAGAUCCUUCAAUUAACAGAGAAAACCGUGAUCCCAAACAAAACAUGCCCAUCUACACAACUGGCGAAUGACAAUGCAGUAGCUCCACCCAGUGGAGCAUUGGUGAGCAUUGGUGGAAAGAAGUGCCGAUGUGGCAGUCAAACGCAUUACCGGACUAGUCACAGGGAUUGCCCACAAAACAAAAAAAAAUCUAAGUAAUAAAAUCAAAAAACAAAAAAACAAAAAAAAAUCUAAUAUAUCUGAUAUCAUAGAAACAUUGUAAAACAUUGUCUUGCAGAAAAAAACUGUGUUUGGUGCUGCUAGUGUACUUGGAAAGUCAGUAAAUGUUCCAUGUUCAYAUACAUUCAAGUUUUGAAAUAUCUAGACAUUUUGUUUUUUUGAUAUGUUGAUGUUUGUUGGAAUAAUUACACUUUACAUUUGUUCGCGCAAUAGACAAUGUGACAAAAAAAAAGUAAAGUAACAUUUAUUUUUAAAUUCUUUUCAAAAGUAKCAAAAAAUGCUUUAGUGAAUGCCAUAUGUUAUAUUUAGUGUACAUGUAUUCUUGAAUUUUUUAU